GCCCGGAUAAUUGAAUAUAUGGGCACUCCUGUCACUUGUACUCCGUACCUACUCCGUACCUCGAUCAAUGCCUCCACGCCCAGGACGCCCUUACAACCCAUCUUUGAAGAUGACGGUUGUCCUUACGGAAGUCACCGCACAGCAAAGACAACUUAAUUGUGCAAUUGGGCAGCUUCCGGGAGCUGCAGCAGAACAGUCUCCGUCAUGUCGCGACUAAUAUCUUCAGCAUUGUCGUUGCGUCGUGAUCCGCGCAUCCUCAAGCUCCCGCCCUACAUAUCAUUAGCAUGCAUCCUAGGUGGAAUCGCAUGGCUGUUUCUCUUGCCUCUUAGCGACUAUUCUCGACGAACCUAUAUUUCCGAGAAUGCGCUGCUUCCGGGCCAAGUCCACACGUACUUCGGUGGAAGCGACCAACAUGUGUUGCGGGCGUAUAAGCAUGAGGUCAACUCGGUCAGGGACAAGUCCAACUACGAAAUCAACGACAAACUCGAGGGCAUCCUCAAGAGCGUUGGCUUGAAGGUCGGCCGCCAAAACUACACGUACGAAUCCGCCGGCGAUGUAUACACUGGAGAAAACAUCUACGCCAUUCUUCAAGCUCCUCGUGGCGAUGCCACGGAGGCAAUUGUGCUCAUCGCGGCCUGGAAGACGGUCGACGACAAGUUCAACCAGAACGGCCUUCCGCUGGCGCUGACACUGGCGAGGUAUUUCAAGCGGUGGUCACUGUGGUCCAAGGAUAUCAUCCUUGUCAUUCCUCCGGACAGCAGGACGGGCACACAGGCUUGGGUCGACGCAUAUCACGACUCGCACGACUCCUCCCGCGUAAACUCGCUCCCGCUCAAAUCUGGCGCUUUACAGGGUGCCAUCGCAAUCGACUACCCCCAGGAACACCGCUUCGAGUCUAUUCACAUCAUCUAUGAUGGUAUCAACGGACAGCUCCCCAAUCUGGACCUCAUCAACUCCGUCGUCAAUAUCGCGGGUGGCCAGAUGGGCAUGGGCACCGCCAUUCAGGAGAUGUGGUCACACUCUGACAAGUACCGGGACCGACUCCUCACGAUGCUCCGCGGCAUGUUGAACCAGGGGCUCGGCCACGCUUCUGGUCCCCAUAGCAGCUUUAUCCCCUAUCACGUCGACGCCGUCACUCUGCAACCAUUUGGCGAAGGGUGGCACGAUGAGAUGGGGAUGGGUCGCCUUGUUGAAGGAACGUUCCGCAGUCUGAACAACCUCCUCGAGCACCUCCAUCAGAGCUUUUUCUUCUACCUUCUCAUGCACAAAGAGAGGUUUGUGAGCAUCGGCACGUACCUACCGAGUGCCAUGAUUCUGGCUGCCAGCUUCACCAUCACCGCAAUCUCCCUCUGGGUGAAGAGUGGUCAUCAGGGCCAGCCGUCAGCUUCGGCCAACACGACAGUGAAAUCAGAGAAUGAGGGCACUGCGUCUCAGGAGGUACUUGAAACAGCAAAGGGCACAAAUACACCAUCACCUUCCGUUCCCGCCGUAGAACGCGACUUGUUUCUUCCUCUGGGUCUCGUAGCCGUUUGCCAGUUUCUUGGCGUCGUGCCAUUGUACAUCUUCAAUCACAUGCCUGCAAACAUGCUCACCGUGGUAUACACAGCCUUCGCCCUCACCAACUGCGCCCUCCCCUUUUUCAUCUCCUCGCUCCUCACCUCCACCUACAACCCCACAGUCCAGCAAUACCAGCUGGUCAAGUCCUUCUCCCUCCUCUUGCUCGGCAUGUUCCUCUCGGCUCUGGCGACCCUCAACUUCUCUCUCGCCUUCCUCGUCGGCGUCAUGGCUAGCCCGCUGUCCUUCAUGCAGCCGUGGCCGAACCACGCUGCCGUCCGCUGGGCCUGCGCCGCCUUUCUCCAGCUCGCCUCCCCGACCGCGGCGCUGUACUCUGUCUCGUCGUACUUUAACAUCAGCAUUGGCGAGGUCCUAAAGGAAGCGGCUUUCGGGUGGGAUGUCUGGGGCAUGUAUACGCCUGUCAUCAUCUGGGGUGUGUGGUGGCCUGCGUGGCUCAUGGGGUCCGUCAUCGUGCUUGGACAGCCUACGGCCAAGUCAAAAAGUGCAUGAUAUACCAAGAGAGUUUUGUCAUGUAGUCUGUAUGAAAGCAUCAUUCCUGGAGUAGUCUAGGGACCGACAAGCGUAAAAAGAAACGUCUUGAGCUUUGGAAUUAGCGCAUCGGAAAAGAGGGCAG